AUGUCAGGGGAAGAGGAGGAACUGACAUGGUGUACAAUCUCUGAUGAAGAACAGGAAAAAUGUCAAGAUUUAGCCAAAGCUGUGCAAGAGAAAUUUUCUGAUUUCUUUGCAUCUCGGAUAACUUGGAACAAGCCUCGUUUUUCCUACAAAAUUGGUUGUCAAAGGGCCGUCAGCAAGGAGGAAUGCAUGGAGUACUUGGAUCAAGGCAUAGCAGAUUUGGUUUCACUAGAUCCAGGUGAAGUGUUUCUUGGUGGCCGUUACAUGAGCCUUGUUCCAAUCAUGCAAGAGUUAAUGCAAGGUGAUAUUGACCAUUUUUAUGCUGUGGCUGUGGUCAAGCGUGGAGAUUUACGAGAUGUCCAUACGCUUCAUGAUUUGAGGGAUAAGAAAGCUUGUUUUGCUGGAGUUGGAUCUCUUGCCAGCUGGUCAUUGCCCAUCUCCAUCCUUAUGGAUAGAAGAGUGCUAGAGAUUGUGGAUUGUAACAACCAUGUGAAGUCUGCCAGUGAAUUUUUUGGAACAAGUUGUGCAGUAAAUGCUCUGGAUGAUAAAUUCAACCCCUUAGGUGACAAUUCCAACAAAUUGUGUGAGAUCUGUGCUGAGUCUGGAGAAGGACAUGGGCAAUACUGCUCCUCAGGAGAUCCAUUUGCUGGCUAUGAAGGGGCUCUUCAGUGUCUUCGAGAUAAAGGAGACAUUGCAUUCCUCAAGCAUUCAACUGUGGAGCUUGUUGCAGAAGUUCCUGAAAGUGGCCAGGAGGACCCAGAUGUGUGUGACUAUGAUGUGACUCCUACUUGUGAAGCAGCUAGGCUCCUGAGAACAGAUACUCCUGACCGUAUAGAUCCAUUAACUGGCCGCCACCCGUUUGACCUAUUUUCUUCUGCUUAUCGAUACAACAAGAAGCACAACCUCUUAUUUGAAGAUAAAACAAGAAAGUUCCUGAGGAUUCCAGUUCCUCAACAAAGUUAUAAGGACUACCUGAAGGACUCACUUGACCACAUUCUGAGAGUGAGGCAUUGUCCUGUCCCCUCAAUGAGACUAUGUGUUGUCUCAGACCAUGAACUCUCAAAGUGCAUUCGAAUGAUGACAGCACUACGAGCACAGUUACUGCAGCCUGAGCUUUCAUGCUUCAAAGGACAUGACAGUGUUGACUGUAUGAAAGCCAUUGCUAGGAGUGAAGCUGAUGUUGCAGUGGUCGAUGCUGGUGAUGUUUACACAGCUGGAAAAAACUAUGAACUCAUUCCAGUUCUGGUUGAGCAAUACAACUUGGACACUCCCGAAUACUAUGCAGUUGCAGUGACCUGGGAAGAAGAUCCAGACACUGAUAUACUCUACUUGAAAGGGAGAUACACUUGCCAUUCGGGAAUCAUGCAUGCGGCUGGCUGGGUUCUUCCAAUGGCAUACCUCAUCAAUAAUGACAGGAUCCGUCCCUAUGGCUGUGAUUCCAUUCGAGCUGCUGCUGAAUUCUUCUCAAAGUCUUGUGUACCUGGUGUUUCAUCCAGUGACUACAACUUUGGUAAAACUUGGAACAAUUUAUGUGAUCUCUGUCAUGGAGCAAGUCAUGCUUUCUGCUCAAGAGAUCCAUCUGAAGAUUUCUUUGGACAUACAGGUGCAUUCCGGUGCUUAGUGGAAGGUGGUGGGAAUGUUGCAUUUGUGAAGCACACCACUGUCUUGGAGAAUACUGAUGGGAAAAGGCGUCAGUUCUGGGCUCGGAAUCAGAUCAACACCGACUUCCAGCUGUUAUGUAGAAAUGGGAAAAGAGUUCCAGUGCAAGAGUAUGAGCACUGUAAUUUGGGGAAAGUGAAAGGAAAUGCUGUCAUCACCAGAGGUGGCAGUGCCUUUAACCAGACACAAGUUGAUGCUUUUCUUAAUCUCUUUAUCUAUGCACAAUCCUUUUAUGGAUUGAAGUUUGGAGAUGACUUCAGCUUCAAGAUGUUCUCAUCUGAGGAGCCAUAUGCUGACCUGAUAUUCCAAGAUGCUACCCAGCAAUUGGUAGUUGUACCUGAAGAAGAAAGAGAUUAUGAAUCUUUCCUGGGUGAAGAGUUCCUGCAUGCCAUGCGCACAGUGAACUGCCGAGCAGGUCGCUCCGUUCUCCCACCGAUCCUAUCGGUGAUCAUCCUUCCGUCCAUUACCUCAUUUAUGCUCCGUGCCUUAUUAUGAAUGCUGCAAGCAUCGCUGAAUCUCCCAUACCCGUUGUGAUGAGUUUUCUGCCGUCCAGUCGCAUCUUUUACCCGAUUUGUUGUAUAACGUUUUGUAGCCAUUUUUGUCAUUUUCAGACUAGUGACCAUGAU